AUGAUGGCGCGCCAGAAACAAGCCACUCCUUUACAACGCGCGACUUCCUCGGAGAUCAUGCACGCGCAUUCUGGAGAUGCCGAUGCGCAAGUCAAACAGAAUGGCAGCGCAAAAGCGUCUUCUGGGGCCAAUGGAACUGCAUCGGCGAAGGACUUCUCUGCAGAAGUUCCUCCCGGUUUGGCGCAACUCGCGAUCUGCGUCCUUGGAAUCUAUGCUUCAUUCCUUUCCUGGGGAGUUUUGCAAGAAGCGAUUACCACAGUGUCUUAUCCCGUUCGUCCUUCCACUGCUGAUGAACUGGAGCCUCCCACGGAGCGCUUCACCUUCUCGAUCGUUUUGAACACCAUCCAGUCGACCUUCGCGGCCAUCACCGGCUUCCUCUACCUGUACUUCUCGACGCCGAAAGGCCAGAAAGUGCCCUCGAUCUUCCCGACGCGCAAAAUCCUGUUUCCUCUGCUUCUCGUCAGCAUCUCGUCCUCCCUCGCCUCGCCUUUCGGAUACGCCAGUCUGGCGCAUAUCGACUACCUGACCUUCAUUCUGGCCAAGUCCUGCAAACUGCUACCUGUGAUGUUCCUGCACUUGACCAUCUUCCGCAAGCGCUACCCUCUCUACAAAUACGGCGUCGUCCUCCUGGUCACCAUCGGCGUCGCAACCUUCACUCUGCACCACCCAGGAACGAGCAAGAAGGUAGCCGCGUCCGCCGAGAAGGGCUCCGGCUCGUCCACGUGGGGGAUCUUUCUCUUGUCGAUCAACCUGCUGCUCGACGGCCUCACCAACACCACGCAAGAUCACGUCUUCAGCUCCCCGCAGCACUACACCCGCUUCACCGGUCCCCAGAUGAUGGUGGCCCAGAACGUCCUCUCCACGCUCCUCACCUCCCUCUACCUCCUCAUCAUGCCGCACCUCUCCUCCACCGGCCUCCUGCAUAACCUUCUCCCCAUGCCCAUCCCGCCGUCCACGGAGGCCGAGCUCACCAACGCCAUCGCCUUCCUGUCCCGUCAUCCGGAGGCCCUCAAGAACGUGAUCGGUUUCGCGGCCUGCGGCGCCAUCGGCCAGCUGUUCAUCUUCUACACCCUGUCGCGCUUCUCGUCGCUGCUUCUCGUGACGGUGACCGUCACGCGGAAAAUGCUCACGAUGCUCCUGAGUGUGUUCUGGUUCGGGCACUCCCUGUCUGGCGGGCAGUGGCUGGGCGUGUUCCUGGUCUUCGGGGGCGUGGGCGCCGAAGCCGUGGUGCAGAGACAGGAGAAGAAGGCGAAGGAGUUGGCGAAGUCAGGGAAGAAGGCAUAG